GGGCGGUGCCUGUGUUGCGGGCCGGGUGGGGGGGGGAGCAGCAACAGCAUCAGCGGGGCUGUCACGGCCGCUCCCUUGGCGUGGAGGGUGAGCGGGACAGCAGCGAUCCAUGCCGGCGCGGAAGACUGCAAGAGGUGGAAGAAAGGCCAUUCAUAAUGUCAUCGAUCGCUGCAUAUUAUGCAGGAAAAAACGUGCUCAUCACGGGAGCUACGGGGUUCAUGGGCAAAGUCCUGGUGGAGAAGCUGCUGCGCUCCUGCCCGAAAGUCAAAGCCAUCUACAUCCUGGUGAGGCCUAAAGCUGGGCAGUCGAUGCAGGAGAGGGUCACCAACAUGAUGAAGUGCAAGCUCUUUGAUAGAGUGAGAGAAGACUUCCAGAAAAAGAUCAUUCCCAUCGGCAGCGAGCUGAUGCUGCCCAACCUUGCCAUCAGCUCCGAGGACACCGAGCGUUUGCUCUCCUGCAUUAACGUCAUCUUCCACUGUGCAGCCACCAUACGAUUCGAUGAGCCUCUGAAACAUGCCCUGCAGUUGAACGUGGUUGCCACACAGCAGCUUUUGGUGCUAGCCCGACAGAUGCAGAAGCUUGAUGCCUUCAUCCACAUUUCCACGGCUUAUGCAAACUGCAACCGGAACCAUGUCGAGGAGAUUAUCUACCCUCCGACUGUAGAGCCAAAGAAACUCAUUGACUCUUUAGAGUGGAUGGAUGAAAGUAUGAUCCAAGAUAUCACCCCCAAACUGAUAGGAGACCGGCCAAACACCUACACCUACACAAAGGCACUUGCAGAGUAUGUCGUUCAACAAGAGGGUGGCGAUUUGAACAUUGCCAUCAUCAGACCUUCCAUCGUUGGAGCAAGUUGGCAAGAACCAUUCCCAGGUUGGAUCGACAACUUCAAUGGACCAAGUGGACUUUUCAUUGCCGCAGGUAAAGGGAUUCUUCGUACCAUGAGAGCUACUAACAAUGCAGUGGCUGAUUUGAUCCCUGUUGAUGUUGUUGUUAACCUCACACUCGCAGCUGGCUGGCAUACAGCAGUUCACAGACCAAAAGUCACCCGUAUCUACAAUUGUACAACAGGCGGCAUCAACCCGUUUCACUGGGGAGAAAUUGAAUACCACGUCAUCUCCACAUUUAAGAGGAACCCACUGGACCAAGCCUUCAGAAGGCCCAAUGCAAAUAUUACAUCAAACUACCUGAUUAAUCAGUACUGGAUUGCUGUCAGUCACAAAGCCCCUGCGUUGCUUUAUGACUUAUACCUGAGGCUAACAGGACAAAAGCCACGGAUGAUGAAGAUCUUCAACAGACUUCACAAAUCCAUGAUGCUCCUGGAAUACUUCAGCAGUAAGUCCUGGAAUUGGAGUUCAGAGAACAUGAACAUGUUGAUGAGUCAGCUCAGCAUCGAGGAUAAGAGGGGAUUCAAUUUUGAUGUCCGCCAGCUUAAUUGGCCAGAAUACAUCGAGAAUUACUGCAUAGGAACAAAGAAAUAUGUCUUAAAUGAGGAUAUGUCUGGACUUCCAGCAGCCAGACAACACCUAAAGAAGCUACGAAACAUCCGCUAUGCCUUCAACACCAUUCUCCUGGUCUUCAUCUGGCGUGUGUUUAUCGCUCGCUCACAAAUGGCCCGCAACAUCUGGUAUUUUGUGGUCAACCUAUGCUACAAGUUCCUGUCCUAUUUCAGGGCGUCCAGCACCCUCCGACACUGAAGCCACGUGGUAAACCCCACAUUGAAGCAUCACCUUGUUCCAAACGGCUAACUAUUCAUUCACAAUAUCUCACUUUCUUAAACAAAAACAACCACCAGACUUCCCGAGUCAGUGUAAAAGAAAACAAUAUGACUUUGCAUUCCAAUGUAAUCAAUCUACACACUGCCAUUAAUUAUUAUAAAGAACGAUGAUAUUGUCUCACCAAGCAUCUGCUCGUGUGACCCUCUGGUUUUCUAGCCUUACCAGCUUGCUGUGAUCCACAUGUCUGUGUAUCUGGGCCCUGGGCCUGACUUUACAGGUAAUUGCUGGAAUGGAUUGAAGUCCAAAACUCUCUCUCCUGCACUGCUACAUUUUGGAUCCAGGGUCCUUAUUCGCUAAAGGAACCUGCCCAGCGUAUAGUACUGUUAGUCCUGAGUGAUCCACAUCCAGUGACUUUUGUAAAUAGGGCUCGAGUCCCAAUGUACGCGGUAAAUCACCUUCUAGCAAUAACGUGCUAACCUUCUUCUUCUUGGUGCUAAAAUGGCAACGACAACUUCAACAAUACUUGGUGUUUUACACUUGUAAAAUGUAUAUAAAAAGGUUAACACAACCAAAUCCUCCGGAGUUGUUCCCGAUAUUUGCCGAAGGUCACCUCCUCUCCCUUCCUGAUUUGUCAACGUGUAACCAAGUGGACACCUUGGCAGCAACAGAAUUAAAAGGACUGAUGUGUGAAACUAAUGCAAUUUUAAUUUGUGCCUGACAAAGAACCGUGAGAAAAUGUGCGAUCCUAUCUGCAUUUGCUGAUUAAUGGGGAAGGAAUAAUCAAUCGUGUCAUGUAAAAGAAGUGGGUAUCGGUACCAGAUGUAAUCAUGUUAUUGCUUCCAACACCAAUGGUGACAAAUUAAAUACUACUUUGGAUAUUUGUAAGAA